AUGCUCGAAGAAUUGAAGAAUCUCACUAUGAAUGGCACUUCAGCCACGAAUGGCGACGCAUCACGCACGAAUGGCGGCGUGAAUGGCGACGCAUCGCAGACGAGUGGCGGAACGAAUGGCCACGCAUCACAUACCGGGUAUGUAAGACCGAAUAAAGCAGGCACUCGAAAGACCGGCGAUCCCUUGACCCUUCCACCUGGAGUUGACUCGGAAAAAUUCAAAGACUUUAUUCGUCAAGUCCAGGACAUCGUUGAGCAGACAAAUGUUAACGUCAUCGACAAGGCUGAACAUUUGAACAAGGACCACUAUCUGGACCCGAGCAAGGUUCAUGACAUGUACAAUGUUGUCGACGAGGAUUACUUUGUCAGUUCCGCUCUCGUGGCACCGAGAAAUGUCCGUGAAGUCCAGGCUAUCAUGAAACUCUGCAAUGAAUUUGAAAUACCAGUAUGGCCAUUCUCCAUUGGCAGAAAUGUUGGCUAUGGCGGCGCCGCUCCUAGAGUUCCUGGAAGCAUCGGACUCGACAUGGGAAGGAAUAUGAACAAAGUACUCGAUGUCAACGUGGAUGGUGCGUAUGCGCUGGUCGAGCCUGGCGUCACCUUUGCGGAUCUGCACGAGUAUCUGGUCAAGAACAACCUCCGGGAGAAGCUGUGGAUUGAUGUUCCAGAUUUGGGAGGUGGUUCAGUCCUUGGAAACACGAUUGAAAGAGGCGUCGGCUAUACUCCAUAUGGUGAUCAUUGGAUGAUGCAUUGUGGCCUUGAGGCCGUCCUACCAGAUGGAACGCUCAUCAGGACAGGGAUGGGCGCCCUUCCUAACCCAGACGCCAAUCCUGACCUCCCUCCUGACGAGCAGCCGGCAAACAAGGCGUGGCAGCUGUUCAACUAUGGAUUUGGACCGUACAAUGAUGGCAUAUUCACUCAGUCAUCUCUAGGUGUUGUCGUCAAGAUGGGUAUCUGGCUAAUGCCUAACCCCGGCGGUUACAAAUCUUACUUGAUCACUUUUCCUCGCGAUGAAGAUCUCCAUCAGGCUGUCGAGAUCAUCCGCCCACUAAGAGUUGCCAUGGUUUUGCAGAAUGUGCCCACGAUUCGUUCCAUCUUGAUGGAUGCUGCAGUUAUGGGAGAUCGCAAGAAAUACUCCACUUCUGGCAAGCCUCUCACCGACGCUGAAAUUGAUGAAAUAGCAGCCAAGCUCAAUCUGGGACGUUGGAACUUUUACGGCGCUCUUUAUGGGCCGGAACCUAUCCGAGAAGCUAUGUGGCAGGUGAUCAAGGCCUCAUUCUCCGCAAUACCUGGUGCCAAGUUCUACUUCCCAGAAGACAUGCCUGAAAAUGAGGUUCUUCAGAUCCGAGACCUCACGCUUCAAGGUAUCCCCACCUAUGACGAGUUGAAGUGGGUUGACUGGCUACCGAACGGAGCACAUUUGUUCUUCAGUCCUAUCGCCAAAGUCACCGGGGACGACGCAGUGGCCCAGUACGAAUUGACUCGGCGCAGGAGCGAGGAGUUUGGCUUCGAUUUUAUCGGCGACUUCGUCGUUGGUAUGCGCGAGAUUCACCACAUCGUGUGUAUUGUGUUCAAUCGCAAGGAUCCCAAGCAGCGACAAAACGCAUUCAAGCUCAUUCAGACCCUCAUUGAUGAUGCAGCGAAGAUGGGCUGGGGUGAGUAUCGGACUCAUCUCGCUCUGAUGGACCAGAUUGCUGGAACCUACAGUUUCAAUGACAACGCGCAGAUGAAGCUGAAUGAAACCAUCAAGAAUGCUUUGGAUCCGAAGGGGAUUUUGGCGCCCGGAAAGAAUGGAAUCUGGCCCAAGUCGUAUGACAAGAAGGCUUGGACUAUAACUCCUUGAUAUCUCAUUUCAAGACGAGUAUGUAACACACAUUAUACGUACUAUGAAAUUGAAUAAAAGUCGUAACUACUCAGGCGU